AGGAGGAAUUAGAAUAAUAAUAACUGGAGUAGAUAUAGGAGUAGCAGUAACCGCAGCUGCUGGCGUAGAAAUAAAUACAGUAGGAAUCAGUAAGUCGGUGAUCCAAUCUGAUUGGCAAUUGUAUUAA